GACUAAAGACGAUGAGAAAACGAUCGGCUUUCUUGACGUGUUUGUACUUGCCGUUAUGGCUGCUUGUUCCCCCACUGUUUUUGGCCUGGCUGCCGUUCCAUCUUUAUCGAUGUUUUGUCCAAAUUGUGGCGUGGCUGUUCCGCCGAGACCUGACCACCAUCUUGACCCCGAGUGAUGCCAGAUUUUCGUACGAUCGUAUCUACUCUUCCCCCAUAACUUCAAUGGUUUCCACGCUGGAAGUUGAAGGGGACGUGGAUCCAAACCAUAUUCGGAACACCUGGAGGACUCAAGUGCUCGAGGCAAAAGUGGGGAAUCGCUUGCUCUAUCCGGAACUGGGGUGGACGAUAAAAACCUUUAUGGGACACCCGUUUUGGGCCAAGUCAAGAAUAGUGGAGGAUCGAGUUCGAUUCAUUCCUGAAGAUGUCACCCCUGAGCAACUGCUCGAGCUGCAGAUAAGUCUCACCUUCCAACCUUUCAAAGAAGACGAACCCUUAUGGGAAAUUAUUAUCGUGCGGAGAAAAUACGACCCCACCGUGGCGCCCUCUUCGAUCGUGAUAUUUCGCUUUCACCACACCAUGACGGAUGGGAACGGGGUCUUUCACAUGUUUAGGAAGAUGGCGCUGCCACAUAGUACGAAAUUGGGGAAAGCAGAGACUUACACAAUCCCGCCAGCGAUGAACCGAUCGCCCGCACGGUAUUUAGGGAUGCCGUACGACUUCGUGGCCACGUGUCGGGAAGGAUCCCGCAGCGGGUGUUUAGUAGAAGAUACGAAGUCUUGGACUUCCCUGGGCGAUAACUUUACUCCGUCGGAGGCAGCCUCGCAUCUUCGGUUUCACAUCUGUGAGCCCAUCCCGUUCAGCCGGAUUCGUCAGGUGGGGGCUCAGCACGGCGUGACUGGAACGGCCGUCAUGCAUUCUGCAAUUUUGGGGGCGGUGAGAAGCUCCUUUUUUCCCGAAGGGACCCCACAUUCCGCGACGGUCAUGGUGGAGACGAAUCUGCACCCGCCAUGGAGAAAGGAAAGACCUUUGGGAAACAAUAUAACGAAGGGUAAUUACACUGCCCCGAUCGGAGAACUUGAUCCCUUAAAACGGCUACUUCGCACCCAGGAAGCGCUUACAGAGAUGAAAAAAUCAACUUUCCCGCUCACACGGGCCAUACUUUUUUACACCCUGGCCUCCGUCCCGCGUCGCGUUUUGCAGGAAAUAAACAAACGGCAAUUCGGAUACCAGCGGAUUUUCAUUGGAAAUCUAGCUGGUCCAUUGGAAAAACCGAAUUUUUGCGGCUACUUGGCCAAAGACGUGUUCAACAUGACGGGAUUUUAUGUCGGUUAUGCGGGCCUUGGCGUUGUCCUCAUUACGCUUGGAGAUUCGUUGAGAUUGGGAGUUUUUGCGAGUAAAAAUCUUCUCCCGCGUGCUGGUCAAGCGGAAGAAAUUACGCGGGCGUUUGUUCGGGAGUUGGACGAUUUACAAUACGCUAAUCAGUUAGAGUAAUGCAUAGAAGUGCAGUACAAUUCUAAGUUUAAUUUGUAAAUAAAUACUUAAAUUUAAUGGAA